CGAGGGAGAGCUGCAGCCUCCUCCUCCUCCUCCUCCCCGGCACUGCAUCCCCAGCGCAGGGCUGCCGCUGUCCCCCUUGGAUGAGUCCCUUCCUCGCGGGGCCUGAGUCCCCGGCUGCCUGAGCAGCGCGCGCGCCAUCGCCUCUCCGUGCGCCAGUACUUUUCCAGCUGACAUCCCCGGGGGUGAGUGCUGUUUCCACUAGCAGUUGCAACUGAAAAGCACGGUUGAGAGAUGUCGGAGAUCCUUCAUGAGUUGCUCCGUGUCUCCGAGAAGGCAGCCAACAUCGCCCGGGCAUGCAGGCAGCAGGAAGCCCUGUUUCAGCUGCUGAUCGAGGAAAAGAAAGAGGGCGAGAGGAACAAGAAGUUCACUGUGGACUUCAAGACCCUCGCUGAUGUACUGGUACAGGAAGUUAUCAAGCAGAAUAUGGAGAACAAGUUUCCAGGAUUGGAAAAAAAUAUUUUUGGAGAAGAAUCCAACGAGUUUACUAAUGAUUUGGGGGAAAAGAUUAUCGUGAGGCUGUGUUCCACCAAGGAAGAGACGGCAGAGCUGCUUAGCAAGGUGCUGAAUGGUAACCGCCUGGCAUCUGAAGCAUUAGCCAAAGUUGUUCAUCAGGAUGUGGCCUUUUCUGAUCCAACUCUGGAUUCAACAGAAAUCAGCAUUCCACAGGACACUUUGGGGAUCUGGGUAGAUCCCAUAGAUUCCACUUAUCAGUAUAUUAAAGGUUCUACUGACAUCCAACCCAAUCAAGGCAUCUUUCCCUCUGGCCUUCAAUGCGUCACUAUUUUAAUCGGUGUCUAUGACAAACAGACAGGGGUGCCUGUGAUGGGAGUCAUCAACCAGCCUUUUGUGUCCCAAGACCCAAAUACUCUCAGGUGGAAAGGACGGUGCCACUGGGGCCUUUCUUAUAUGGGGACCAACAUCCAUUCCCUCCAGCCUGACAUCUCUAAAGGAAACAGCCAGGACACACAGGAGGACAGCAGCAGCUCCGAGGCGGGCAUCUCCCGCCCCUUCUCAGCCAUCAUCAGCACCAGUGAGAAGGAGAGCGUCAAGGCAGCACUGGCCCGCGUGUGUGGGAGCAGCAUCUUCCGAGCCGCCGGAGCGGGUUACAAGAGCCUGUGUGUCGUCCAAGGCCUGGCUGACGUUUACAUCUUCUCAGAGGACACCACGUUCAAGUGGGACUCCUGUGCGGCCCAUGCCAUACUGAGGGCCAUGGGCGGAGGAAUGGUAGACUUGAAAGAAUGCCUAGAAAGAAAUCCAGAAACAGGGCUAGAUUUGCCACAACUGCUGUACCACAUGGAAAAUGAAGGUGCCACUGGGGUGGAUCGCUGGGCCAACCGGGGAGGACUGAUCGCGUACAGAUGCAGGAAGCGACUGGAGGCUUUCCUCAGCCUCCUCGUCCCUAACCUGAAGACACAGAUGUAGCCGGAUGCUGACCUCAGCAUCCACUGCAUCUUGAAUUGGGAAGCCGGUGCCUGCAUCUCCAUCUCUUUAAGACAACUCUGCCCUAUUGCUCGUUGACAUCACCUCUCUCAAGGAGCAUUUUCCCGUUUUAUGUUCAUAUAAAUUUAAUUUCAAUAAAUGACUUUCUGGCAGCAAUA